AUCGGCCUCCGACGAAACGUUCCGCUCCCGGAACAGAACGAGCUCGGAGCUCCGGUGAAGAGCCACCCUGCCGGCGGCGCAGAGUGCUUUGGAGUCCUGACUUCCUGCACGUCGAGACCGUCUGUUUCAUCAUCGUCAUCCAACAGUCCCCUGUGCAUCGGACCUCCGUCAGCUUCGACGAAAACUCAAGUCUCCAGGUCUCCUGGAUCUGCUCCGUGCCCUACUCGAAUCGUGUAGAGAUGGACGUCGGUGGCAGCGGCAGUGCCGAACUAAGGAGCAGCAUCAAGAAGUGGAAGAUCAUCUACCCGGUGUACCUCAAUUCCAAGAAGACGGUCGCCGAGGGCCGCCGCAUUGCCACCGCCAAGGCCUGCCCCGACCCCACCUGCAUUGAGAUUGCUGACAGCUGCGCCUACCUCAAGAUCCCUUGCGCGAUUGAGUUGGAUAAGGCGUAUCCGCGAGAUUUCUUCCAGGUUGGGAGGGUGAGGGUGCAGCUCGCGAAUGAUGACGGCACCCCAGUCAAUCCUGCAAUCAAAACAAAGAAGCAGCUAAUGAUUCAAAUAGCAGAGCUGGUCCCCAAGCAUCAUGGGAGGACUAAGAAGCAGGAAGCAGCGGCUAGUUCAUCAACUGGAACUACUUCCAAGCCAAAGAAGAAGAACAGGAAGUGAUGCCUAGAAAGUUUAUUAGAAAAUUUGUUGAGAGAUUUCUCACUUCUGUGUCUGCAAUGAGGCCUGAAUAACUCGAGUUUUCAGGGUUCUGAAUUUCUGAUCCACUUGGCGACUUCUGUAACCACCAUGAACGGCCUACUGUUGUUUGUGGGAAUGGCAGUCGAGCUUGUAGAUGCUUUCAGUUUUGUA